UUUUGGUCCCAACUAGCUGGCUGCUGUGCCUAUAGGCUUGUCACACGGAGGACCACUGUGCCUGAUUGCAGUGCUCUGACAGGAACAGAGAGAGAGAGAGAGAGAGAGGAGAGAGAGAGAUCGGAGCGAGAGAGAAGAGAGAGAGAGGAGGACAGGAGAGGAGGAGGAGAGCAGAAAAAAACUUUGAUUUAUAGAGGAGGCUUUCUCACAUUAUGGUGGCAGUGUGCAGAUGGAUUCCAUAGAGCUUUCCCUUCCUGAGUAUUUCUCCCUACACUCUGAACAAGAAAUGAACUUAUCAAAGGCCCAGGUUAAUAGUGAAGAUAAGUACGGCAAAUGUGGCAGCGCGUGGAGAAUGCAACAGACAUACGACCUCGAUGCCACUCACAUGCGUGACGCACAUGCACUUUAUAACCCAAGGCUCCUCUGCAGAAUGUCCAGCAAAGAGCGCCACCUAGAGUCCAACUGCCCGUCCUACAUUAAGACAGAGCCCUCCAGCCCCGCCUCCCUGGCAGACAGCAUCAACCACCACAGCCCUGGGGGUUCCAGCGACGCCAGCGGCUCCUACAGCUCAACCAUGAACGGCCACCAGAACGGCCUGGACUCCCCCACCCUGUACGGGCCUGGUGCCGGACCCCUGGGCCCCGCGGGGGCCUCCAAGCGCUACGAGGACUGCUCCAGCACCAUCGGGGAGGACUCGCAGAUCAAGUGCGAGUACAUGUUGAACUCCAUGCCUAAGCGGCUGUGUCUGGUGUGUGGCGACAUCGCCUCGGGCUACCACUACGGCGUGGCCUCCUGCGAAGCCUGCAAGGCCUUCUUCAAGAGGACCAUCCAAGGGAACAUUGAGUACAGCUGCCCUGCCACCAACGAGUGUGAGAUCACCAAGAGGAGACGCAAGUCCUGCCAAGCCUGUCGCUUCAUGAAGUGUCUAAACGUCGGCAUGAUGAGAGAAGGUGUGCGUCUGGACAGGGUGCGUGGGGGCAGACAGAAGUACAAGCGCCGGAUAGACGCUGAGAACAGCCCUUACCUCAACCCUCAACUGGCCCUGCCUGCCAAAAAGCCAUUUCCCUUUGGCUGCCUUGCAGAUAACAAAAUCGUGUCCCACCUGCUGGUGGCCGAGCCUGAGAAGAUCUACGCUAUGCCUGACCCUACCGUCCCCGACAGUGACAUCAAGGCCCUGACCACGCUGUGUGACCUAGCUGACCGCGAGCUGGUGGUCAACAUCGGCUGGGCCAAACACAUCCCAGGUUUCUCCACGCUGUCGCUGGCAGACCAGAUGAGUCUACUGCAGAGUGCGUGGAUGGAGAUUCUGAUCCUGCGUGUGGUGUACCGCUCGCUGUCCUUCGAGGACAAGCUGGUGUAUGCUGAGGACUACAUCAUGGACGAGGACCAGUCCAAGCUGGCAGGUCUUCUUGAUCUCAACAACGCCAUACUGCAACUGGUGAAGAAAUACAAAGCCAUGAAGCUGGAGAAGGAAGAGUUUGUCACUCUCAAGGCUAUCGCUCUGGCUAAUUCAGACUCCAUGCACAUAGAGGACGUGGAGGCGGUGCAGAAGCUCCAGGACGUGCUCCAUGAGGCCCUGCAGGACUACGAGGCGGGCCAGCACCCGGAGGACCCUCGUCGGGCAGGCAAGCUGCUGAUGACCCUGCCUCUGCUCCGCCAGACCUCCACCAAGGCCGUGCAGCACUUCUACAGCAUCAAGCAGGACGGCAAGGUCCCCAUGCACAAACUCUUCCUGGAACUGCUGGAGGCCAAGGUCUGAUUGGCUAACCACGUCAACAACCCCCAAUAUGUCAGUCUGUCAGUCGCACCCAGCCUCCUCCCAUUGACCCCCCCCCCCCCCCGUAACCCCACAUGACCCCUGAACCUCCCAAACCGCCGCCCACUGAGAGGGAUGGGCGGGACUAACCUCUGAACUUUAACCCCUGACCUCUGUGCAUAAGGGAAGACACUGACACGAGACCUCUGCUGGAGGGCCGUAUGUGUAUAGAGUAUAGACAAGUCAUAAACCAGUUACCAUAACAACGGCCCUGUAAACUAUUGACUAUCAACCACAAGUCACUUAUACAUAUAAGAAUGAUUAACGAUGUGAUUAUUGACUAUUGACUGAUGAAAAUGUUUAAACGAGGAAUUGAAGAAAAAAAGCAGAGAGACUGCUCUGCUUGUGUCAGCAGCAGAG